AUGAACUCUAAUGAUAGCGAAUUAAAUUAUGUAACAGGAGAUGGUGAACGAAAUGAUUUAUGCAUUUGUGAAAAUCGAGAUAUGUGUGAAUGCGAAUGUGAAUGGAAUGUUGAUAACAUAGUAGAAAUGUGUAACAGUGAUGGGGGGAAUAUAAGUGAAAUUAAAAAACAAAAAAAAAACACAAAAAUAGGAAAAGAUGAAGUCGUAAAAAAUGAUAAAAAAAAAAUUGUGAAUAAAAAUGAGGUUAUUAAUACAUGUGAUAAUGAAAAAAAUAUUGAAGAGACGAUAAUAAAAAUACUAAAUAACCUUAAAUCCAAAAUAAAUACCGUAAUGGCCAAAGAAAGUGAAAAUGAGAACACCGAAAAGGGUAAAGAUUGCAAAAUAGAAAAUUCGAAAAUCUUAAAAAGGGAUGUAGAUAAAAUAAUAAGAAUUAUUAAAAAAAAAAAGAAAACAGAAGAUGAAAAUAAUUCUAAUCAUGUAAAAGAAUUAAAAGAGGAGUUGGAAAAAAAUAUAGUAAAACAAAAACAAAUUUUGAAAAGUUAUGAAGAAGAACAACAAAAUGUAAAGUUUUUACAUGGACAAUUAGAUCAAUUACAAAACAUGUUUGAUAAUAAUCAGAAAAAAGAAGAUAAAUGGAAUUGUGAAAAAGAAAAUUAUUUAGAAGACAUUGAAUCACUUAAAUGUACUAUAGAAGAACUAGAAAUAAAAAUUGAAAAAAAAAAUAGUGAAAUCGAAAAUUUAAAAAGAGAAUGUGAACAUAUAUUAUUAAAAGUUGAUAAUUUAGAAAAGAACAACAAAGAAUUAAAAAAUGAAAAUAAUGAAAUGAAUGAAGAUAUGAAUUUAGCAAAAAAGGAAAGUAAUAAAAAAAACAUCGUAAUUGAUAAUUUAAAAAAAGACUUAGAAGAGCAGAAAAGAUUAGACGAAGAAUACAAUAAAGAUAAUUUGAUAAUUGAAAAAAAUACAGAAAUAAUAAUAGAAGAGCGUAAUUUUAUAAAUGAUGAAUUAAUAAAAACUCAAAAAUUGUUAGAAAAUCAAAUAAAUAAAAAUAAAGAUCUACAAAAUAUCCGAACAAAUUUGUUAGAUAAAAUAGAUUUGUUAGAAAAAAAACAAAAAGAAAUGCUGAAAAAAAAUAAUGAUAUAGAACAAAAAUUAGAAGAUAUUAAUAAAAAAAAUAAGCUACUUAUCAAUGAAAAUAAAAUGAAAGACAAUGAAAUUGCAAAUAACAUAAGUAUGAUUAACAAUCUUAAUAAUAUAAACGGGAAGAUGAAAAUAAAAUUAGAUCAAGAAUAUUUUAAAAAUAAACUUUUAGAAAAAGAAAAAAAAGCAUUAAAUGUUAAUGUGAAAUCUCUUACAUAUGAAAUUCAAAGUAUUAUAAAAUUAACUGAAGAAGCCAAAGUAAAUAUACAAAAUCAAAAAAGAGAAAUUAAUGAUUUAAUAAUUGAAAAGGAGCAGACAAAAAAACUAAUUGAAAAAAUUGAUAAGAAUACUAAACAAAAUACAGAAAUAGCAAAACAAGAAAAAAUAAAUAAUAUUAAUUUAGAAAAAGAUAUAAAAAAAUAUAUAGAAGACAAAAAAAAACUUAAUGAAGAUAUACAAUUAUUAGUUAAGGAAAAAGAAAAAUUAUUAGAAGACUUAUCCCAUAUUAAUACUACACUUAUUCAAAAUGAAAACGAUUUAAUCGAAAAGGACACUAAAAUUAAUACAUAUGUUAAGGUUGUAAGUUCAUUAAAAAGCCAUUUAGCAAAAGAAAAGGCUAUUUAUGAAAAUGUAAAAAGUAAAAAAAUAACGACAACAAAAUUAUUAGCUGAAUCUAAGGAUAAAUUAAUGAAACUGGGAGAAAAAUAUAAGUUACAAUCUAAUGAAUUAGAACUUAUUAAAACACAUGAAAAAAAUACAGAAAUAAAAAUAAAUGAUACGAUGGAAGAGAAAAAAAAGUUAAUUAAUCAAUGUGAAAAAUUAAAAGAGCAAAUAGAAAAAUAUAAAAAUCAAAAUGAAAGUUCAAAAACACAACUAUUCCAUGAUAAAAAGUCAAGAGGUCAAUUAGAGGGAGAAAUAAACGAAUUAAAUAAUAAAAUAAAAGUAUGCGAUAAAAACAUUAUGAAAAUAAAAAAAGAAAAAGAUAUGGCCGAUAAUGAAAUCAAUGAGAGAGAUGAUCAAAUCGUUGUGUUAAAGGAUAAACUAAAACUAUUGCAAAUUUCUCAUAAUAACAUAGAAACAACCAAUAAAAAUCAAACACAAAAAAUACAAGAUUUGAACAAAAUCGUUUCAAAUAUUAAAAAUCUAAACGAAUUACAUAACGAAUAUAAAGAGCUACUAAACAGUAACAAAGUAGAAAUUAAUGCCCUCAAAAAGGAACUAAUUAGUGAGCAAAACAAAGUGAAAUCCUUAUCAGAAGAAUUAGAAAAACCAAUAAAUAUACACAGAUGGAGAAAUUUAGAAGGAAGUGACCCUACUGCCUUUGAUCUAAUACAUAAACUUAAAAACGUUCAAAAAAAAUUAAUUGAAAAAACAGAAGAAUCUAUAAAAAAAAAUGCUCUCAUUCAAUCAAAAACAAAAGAAUGUGAAAAUUUACAAAAAGAGCUAAUUAACAAGACAAAUUAUACAAAUGUGCAAGAUAUCACAAAAAUUAAACAAGAGCUACGAAAAAAAGAGACACUCAUUAAAUCCUUAACUUCUGAAAUUUCGAUGUACCAAGAGGAUGCAGAAAAAACGAAGCCAUGA